CGGGGCCGGAAGGGGCGCGGCGGCGGCGGGCGCCAUGGCGGCGGCGGGGCCCUUCGCGCUGGUGACCAGCUGCGCCGCCGGCUUCCCGGCCGAGGAGCUCGUCAAACGUAUCACAGGAAGAGAUGACCUCACUGUGGGUGCGACUACAAGUGGAAGAGUGAAUUUCUACCCCUGGACAAUAGAUAACAAAUAUUAUUCUGCGGAUAUUCACCUCUGUGUAGUGCCAAACACAUUUCUUGUUACUGGAGAUAUUGCUGAAUCUGUGCAAGCCUUUGUAGUAUACUUCGACAGCACAAUAGAAUCUGGACUCGAUAGUGUCUCUGAAUGGCUUCCCCUGACAGAAGAGUGGUUACCAGAAGUCAUGAUCCUGGUUUGUAACAGAGUGUCUGAAAAUGGUGUCAACAGACAGAAAGCUCAAGAAUGGUGCAUCAAGCACGGCUUUGAACUGGUAGAACUUAGCCCUGAGGAACUGCCUGAUGAAGAUGAUGAUUUUCCUGAGUCCACUGGAGUGAAACGAAUCGUACAGGCCUUGAAUGCCAACGUGUGGUCCAACGUGGUCAUGAAGAGCGACAGGACCCAGGGCUUUGGCCUGCUCAGUACGUUAGCGGGUGCGAACUGUAGCGUCGGGUCAGAAGAGAACCAAGAUACAGAAUCCCAUCCAUCACCAGAUGGAGAAGAAUCCUGUUCAGGCAGCAGAGAAGAUGGGGCUGGCACAAACAGCCUGCGGAUUGACAGCGCUGUAGACCCCACGUUAGAUGUGGACAUCCAGGAGUUAGCCAGCCUGACCACCAGGGAUGGGGACCUGGAGAACUUUGAAAGGCUUUUCUCAAAGCUGAAAGAAAUGAAAGAUAAAGCUGCAACGUUGCCUCAUGAGCAAAGAAAACUACACGCAGAAAAGGUGGCCAAAGCCUUCUGGAUGGCAAUCGGAGGAGACAGAGAUGAAAUUGAAGGUCUCUCCUCGGAUGAAGAAAACUAAGUUCUUUGGUAGCUGUGGCAGCAGCUAAACUUCCAGAAAUGAUGCCUUCUCCCAGGAAUCAGACUUACCGGUUGGGGAACACUCACCUCUCCUCACUCCCAACAAACACAGAACUCUUCAAAUGUGUUUUUGUCAUAAAUGUGUGUCUUGUUCAUAGAUACCAUCUCUGCUUUAUAAAAACUCAGUUCAUCAAGGUAGGAACCAUGGCUAGGAAAUGUGAGGAAAUAGUUUUAAUGAUCUUUAAAGAAUGUUGUAUUGUAUUUUUUAAAAUCAAAGUUUACUUUGCUGGUGGCUUGUUUUUUUGUUUUGUGGGUUGUGUUUUUUUUUUUUUUCUGGAGAUGCUUUGGUUUUGGCUCCAGAAUUUCUUUACAAAAUAGAUGUGACAGAAAUGAAUAAAAGGGGCAUUAAUGGCAAAGCAAA